AUGAUCCGCGCCGGCGAACCCCCCGACGGCCACACCUUCCUCUACCUCAUCAAGGCGGCCGCAUGCCGUCCGAGGAAUCGGGAGCUGGACCAGAUCCACUCGCAGGUUACGAAGCGUGGAUUUGGUCCCAACGAGUUCGUCACCUGCGCCAUGACGGGGUUCUACGCGGGAACGGCACGGCUCGGUUCUGCCUUGAAGCUGUUCGGGGAGAUUCCCCAACCGGGAUUGGUCUCCUGGACUGUGAUGAUCGGGGCUCUGGUCUCCUCAAAUUGCCCUAAAAUGGCGAUGGCCCUCUUCGUCGAGAUGAGAUCGGAGACCAGCCUGGUCCCCGACGAGGUGGCGCUGGCCGUCGCCCUCUGCGCCACCACCCAGACGGGAAAUCUCUCCACCGCCAUGGCCAUCCACUGCCUUCUCCUCAAGACGGGCGUAGAAAUCGACGCCUUCCUCGGCACCGAGCUGGUCAGAUCCUACGCCACCUCCGGCCGUCUCCACCUCGCACGCCAGGUAUUCGACGAAUUCCCCCGCAAGAAUCUGGUCCUUCACAACGCCAUGAUCCACCAGCUGCUUUCCAACGGCGAGCUCAACGAGGCCCUCCACCUGUUCGAGCAAAUGCCCCACAGAGACCUCAUCUCAUGGAAUACUGUCAUCUCGGGCACGUCCCAAGCGAGCCGAAGCAGGGCUGCGCUGGAGCUGUUCCGCCGCAUGGGGCGUGCCGGCCUACGGCCUAAUGGCCAAACCCUGUGCAGCGUCCUCGCCGCCUGCUGUGCCGCCGGCGCGCUGGAGACCGGCGCGUGGGCGCAUGCGUACAUAGACAAGUGGCGCCUCAAUGUGGACGGCUCCCUCGACGCUGCGCUCAUCGACAUGUACGCCAAGUGCGGGAGCGUGGAGAGGGCGCUGCAGGUGUUCGAUAAAAUGCCCGGCCGGCGAGGGCUCCGCCCCUGGACCGCGAUGAUAUGCGGGCUAGCCGCGCACGGUAGGGCGCGGCAGGCGGUGCGGCUCUUCGGCCAGAUGCGGGCGGAGGGGGUGCGUCCCGACGGGGUCACGCUGGUAGGGGUACUCAACGCGUGCGCUCACGGAGGGCUCCUUUUAGAAGGUUUGAGGAUCUUCAAAUCCAUGGAGGUUGACUUUGACAUCUCACCGGAGAUGGAGCACUACGGGUGCAUGAUCAACCUCCUUGGCCGAAAGGGUCACCUGAUGGAUGCUUAUGAUCUUGCCAUGUCCAUGCCCAUGGGCCCCAAUGCGGUUGUAUGGGGAGCCUUGUUGAGUGCCUGCAGGACCCACAAUGAUCUGAGAGUGGGCUCGGUCGUGGCGGAGAGGCUGAUUGAAUUGGACCCGUUCGAUCCGUGGGCCCGGAUUAUGCUGUCUAAUCUGUAUGGUGAGGCCUCCCGGUGGGACCAGGUGGGAAGGCUGAGGAGGGAGGCCAAGGAGGUGGGGCCCAAGAAGGUGCCUGGAUGCAGCUCAAUUGAGGUCAACGGGAGGGUCAAUGAGUUCCUUGCUGGGGGUGGUAUGCACCCAUGCCAUGCAGAGCUAAGAUCAGUCUUGGAAAUGAUCCGAACUCAAAUGAGAGCCCAUCAAAGUAUGGAGGGACAACUUGUAUCCUUUCCCGAAGAAGAUGAGAAUAUUGCAUUCUAG